CAACACUCUUUGCUUUGCUUUGCUACUCUCUCCCAACGUAAGUAAUGAGUUGAAGAAAGAGAGACACACACAACACGUACAGAUGUUGUUGUUUGAUGUAUCCCUAUCUUAUUCUCAGCAUCAAACCCCUCUCUUUCUCCUUGUCUCACCUCUCUCUCCCUAUUUAAACUAACCAUCUUUAUCAUGCUUUCAAUCACACUCUCUCUCUCCCUCGAUCUCUCUCUCUCUCUCUCUCAAACAAAAACAAAAUCAACCCUUUUUGUUGUUUAUUUAUAAUAUAAUUGUGAUGGGGGAUGGUGAGAAUAAAUACGGAAAUGGGAAUGGACAUGUAGGAGUGUUGAUGGAUAUGGAUGAUCCCCUCAACUGGGGGAGGGCUGCAGAGUCAUUGAAAGGGAGCCAUGUGGAAGAGGUGAAGAGGAUGGUGGAGGCGUACAGGAAAGAGCUAGUCCGUGUGGGAGGAGAGGAGCUGACAGUAGGGGAGGUGGCCGCGGUGGCGCGUGGAGUGAAAGUGGUGGUGUGUGAGAGUAGAGCAAGUGGGGUGAGGGAAAGUAGUGAGUGGGUGAUGGAAAGCAUGAGAAAGGGGACGGAUAGCUAUGGGGUGACCACUGGUUUUGGUGCAACAUCUCAUAGGAGGACUAAACAAGGGGCUGCACUGCAGAAGGAACUUAUUAGGUUCUUGAAUGCUGGAGUAUUUGGAAACGGAACAGAGACAAGCCACACAUUGCCUUAUUCAGCAACAAGAGCUGCAAUGCUUGUGAGGAUCAACACUCUACUGCAGGGAUACUCCGGCAUUCGAUUCGAGAUAUUACAGGCCAUUACUAAGCUGCUCAAUAACAACAUAACUCCAUGCUUGCCACUUCGAGGAACCAUCACCGCAUCAGGUGACCUCGUCCCUUUGUCGUACAUUGCAGGCCUUUUGACAGGUCGCGCCAACUCCAAGUGUGUGGGGCCAACAGGGGAAUUCCUCAACCCUGCUAAGGCCUUUCAGGUGGCUGGCAUUGAUGGCGGCUUCUUCGAGUUGCAGCCCAAGGAGGGGCUAGCAUUAGUCAAUGGAACAGCAGUGGGUUCAGGGCUGGCUUCUUUGGUCCUUUUCGAGAGUAAUGUGCUGGCCCUUCUAUCAGAAGUUCUGUCAGCCAUUUUUUGUGAAGUUAUGCAAGGGAAACCAGAGUUUACUGAUCACUUGACGCAUAAGUUGAAGCACCAUCCGGGUCAGAUAGAAGCUGCAGCAAUAAUGGAACACAUAUUAGAUGGGAGUUGUUAUGUUAAAGAAGCAAAAAAGUUGCAUGAACUGGACUCUCUUCUGAAGCCUAAACAAGACAGGUAUGCUCUUCGGACUUCACCACAAUGGCUUGGUCCUCAGAUUGAAGUCAUUCGGGCAUCAACCAAGUCCAUUGAGCGCGAGAUCAAUUCAGUAAAUGAUAAUCCUUUGAUUGAUGUUUCAAGAAGCAAGGCAUUGCAUGGAGGAAAUUUUCAAGGCACCCCAAUUGGCGUGUCGAUGGACAAUACUAGAUUAGCGGUAGCUUCCAUUGGAAAACUCAUGUUUGCUCAAUUUUCAGAGCUUGUUAAUGAUUUCUACAACAAUGGUCUGCCCUCAAAUCUCUCUGGGGGACGAAAUCCAAGUUUGGAUUAUGGCUUUAAGGGCGCUGAAAUUGCAAUGGCAUCAUACUGUUCUGAGCUCCAGUUUCUUGCGAAUCCAGUGACAACCCAUGUUCAAAGUGCUGAACAACACAACCAGGAUGUGAACUCUCUAGGAUUGAUAUCUUCACGUAAAACAGGCGAGGCGGUUGAUAUAUUGAAGCUCAUGUCAGCUACUUAUCUGAUUGCUCUUUGUCAAGCUAUAGAUUUGAGACACCUAGAGGAGAAUCUGAAAAGUGCUGUGAAGAACACAGUGAGCCAGAUAGCUAAGAAGGUACUAAUUAUAGGGGUGAAUGGAGAACUCCAUCCUUCAAGAUUCUGUGAGAAGGAUUUGCUUAAAGUGGUGGAUCACGAAUACGUCUUCGCCUAUAUAGAUGAUCCGUGCAAUGCUGCAUACCCGCUGAUGCAGAAGCUAAGGCAAGUCCUUGUUGAUCAUGCACUGAUCAACACUCAAGGUUCGAACAAAUCGGGUACUUCAAUUUUCUUAAAGAUUGAAUCAUUUGAGGAAGAACUAAGGAGUCUGUUGCCCAAAGAAGUGGAGAGUGCAAGAAGUGCAUUCGAGAGCGGAAAUCUGACAAUCCCCAAUAGAAUCAAGGAGUGCAGAUCUUACCCGUUAUACAAAUUUGUGAGGGAAGAUUUAGGAGCAGAGUAUUUGACAGGAGACAAAUUAAGAUCACCAGGAGAGGAAUUCGAUAAAGUUUUUACAGCCAUUUGUGAGGGAAAGAUUAUUGAUCCAUUAUUCGACUGUCUCAAGGACUGGGAUGGGACUCCCCUUCCUAUUUCUUAGCUAUUCCCCGCCUUUGUGUAAGUUAGCUUCUCUGCUUUCUGUAACAAAAACAUCCAGUUAUUCAUUUAUCUGUAAUAAUAAAUAGUUUUAUUUGAAACCAAAAUGUAUAAACUUCUAUUCAUACUAAUCACCAAUGAUCAAUUGCAACUCAAUUUGCCUUUAUUUAAUGCAUAAGUUAUGCUUCAG